GCCAUCACGCUGCCCAAACUUGAUCGCGAAACCGCAGAGACAUAAAUCGAGCUGAAAAUGUUAGAAAUUCUUCACAAGCCUCAUGUAGAUCCGGUCAAAUAUCCUUUGCUCGAUGGUUAUUGGCCGUUGACCAUCCUGCUGAUCAGCUAUUUACUCUUUGUGCUAAAGCUGGGCAAACUUCUUAUGGCCAAUCGACAGCCCUAUAAUCUGGGAACAGUGCUCAAAGUGUACAACAUCUUUCAGGUCAUCUACAAUACGGCGCUUUUUAUUGCGAUAAGUUACUAUAUCUUUUGGGAGAGAUUAUACAAUUUCAAGUGUCUGUCAGUAUUACCUUUGGAUCACAGCCAUAAGAAUGCAGAACGCAUAAUAAGUUAUGCGUAUUUCAUCAACAAAAUUAUCGACUUGUUGGACACUAUCUUCAUAGUAUUACGCAAGAGCUACAGACAAAUCACCGUCCUACAUCUUGUCCAUCAUGUCUACAUGGUGGCAGCCUCGUAUGUUUGUAUUCGAUUCAAUGGAUACGGGGGUCAUCCGUUGUUUGUGGGAUACCUUAAUCUACUAGUGCAUAGCGUGAUGUACAGCUAUUAUUACCUGGCAUCAGUGUAUCCCUCGAUCAAGCAGUCGACGUGGAAGGAGUACAUGACGAUCAUGCAGAUGAUUCAGUUUGUGAUGAUCUUCGUACACAAUAUUGUGACCUUCAUGCAACCCAACUGCGAUGUCUCACCUUAUAUGAUGUCGUUAGUAUUCGUGAUGACAUUAGUGAUGUUGGCUAUGUUCACUAACUUCUACAUUCACUCCUACGUGAUGGCGAAAGAUCAAAGACAAGAGGUUUUCGACUAUGUGAAACUUAAAGAAAAGGAAACAAAGUCAAAUAAAAAAGAUUAGUUCAACUUGUAAA